AAGAUAGCAAUUGUCAGCGAUAUGCUCUUCGUCAGUGGUGUAUUCCCCGAAAGGAUACAACGUUACAAGAUAAUGAUGACCAACUUGUUAAAGGCAGUUCCCGAGUCAACAGUUGCUACAAUCGAUGAAUUAGGUGAUACAUCUGUAACAAACAGUAGUGACAGUGUUACGCCGGUGCUGAUGGAGCCAACUCCAGCGCAGCGUGCUGCUGGCGGAGACACAGAAAUGCAGCAGCAAAUGAUUGAAACAUUUUGCAAACAGAGUGGGAUGAAACGCGAAUGGUCAGCGAAAUGUCUGAUUGAUCAAGACUGGGAUUAUGAGGUACCUUCUGAUAUAGUUCUUCAGUCCGUUAUUUUGCUUUAA